AUGCGCCCACGCCUGGGGGCCGCCUGCAAGCAUGCCUGGUAUGCCUGGUAUGCCUGGUAUGCCUGGUAUGCCUGGCCUGCUUGUGUGGUGUGUGGUGUGGUGUGUGUGGCAUGUGUAAACACCAUCCUCACUACAUCCAUACCUACUCACCAUUACUUACUAUUUACUCACCUGCAUGCUUUCGCCUACCUGCUAGGCACGUUGGCUGCGUUUCUGACCCCAUCCUUGUGGGGAUCUAUCGAAUCGUCACUGCCCUUAUCUCGACCUGUCCCCGGCCCCUUCACCCUUGCCAGUCGGGAACCAACGGAUGCCUUUGCUGCACAUUGCCAUUCGACAAUGCUGAUAUCUGGCCAGCCCCAAGGGCCUGCCCUCGCCAGAGCACAGUCUCAGAUCCAUAGCCGCGAACCCCUCCAAUGGCCUAUCUAUGGUCGACCCAGAGAAAAUUUCUCCCGCCGGUUGAUUGUGAGGAUCAUCUCUGCAGUGGUCCAGCUGGGCAUGCACCCCGGACUGGAGCCCCAUAGUCUCGCGGCUUCUGCCUCCGCCGCCUCACCACGCCAGAUUGCGGCGUCUGAACACGGUCGGCCCGGCAGGCGCGAAGCGAAGCGAAGCCGCACAGCACACACACACACAUGUGCCUAUGGCCGGCCAAACGCCAAUCUGCUCACCAAGCUGGGCAUCGUGGCCUCCCUACCAAUCACAAACCGGCCGGUUCCCGCCCCUCUCUCACUAGCUUCAUCAAAAGCAACUGUCACGCACGACAAAGGAGGGCUUGCAAAUACUUACACUUUGUAUAACAACCGCCCACGGGACAAGAACAAGUGCCACCAAGCCUUUCCGCCCCUUGCAGACCAACUCGGUCUUAGUACUGAACCAGUCCAGCACAAGGCGUCUAGCGAGCUUCUAGGGCCGGCCAUCCAGGCCGCAAAUCCAUCCUUUGUACCAGAAUUGAGUGCGGGAUCUCCACAAUGUCCAACAGCGGACCUGCCUGACGAGGGAAUGCUGGCGGUUAAGGCUGAGAUGGCGCUCGCCACCCCAUUCGCUCCAGCCGACGAAAUUAUGCCGCAAGUAAUUGCACCACUCACAGCCGUCAGCAGCACGUCGUGGAUUGUGGAGAGACCCUGA